ACAGUCAAAGGUUUUGUCAUAGAAUGCGUCGGAAAUGACGUCAGGCCAGUAAACACACUUCCUUCUUCUCCCGCGAAGAUUUCAUCGUUGAUGCAAAUGACAGACGUGAACCCUGCAGUUUUUGAAGUUUAAAAUCAAGCAGAAACAUUGAAGAUGUCUGAUUCGAGGAGAAAGUCUAGAGGUAAUCAAGAAGAGUCAGCAGGAACAUCAAAUGGAUUGGGUGGACGGAACCGGCCAGAGAGACCUGGGGAUAUGGGUGAUGAAGAUGAUAUUGGUGCGGGACCCUCGGGUAUUAGUGAGGAAGAUGAUGAUCCAACACGCAGGAGAGAGAUCAGGAGCAAGUACAGGGAUCUGAUCAAUCAAGUCCAGCAAAAUCGCGAGGACAUGCUGAACCCUGCUAACAAUAAACUCACUGAUGUUUUAGAAGAGGCCAACAAACUAUUUGCCAAUGUGAGGCAGGCUCGUGAAGCAGCACUGGAUGCUCAACUCCUGGUGCUAGCCACUGAUCUAGGGAAGGAAAAGGCCAGCCAGCUGCAUGCUGAAGGCUCUGCUUUUGACCCGUCUGCAUUUUCAGAACAUCUGUUGUCCUUCAUGGGUCUGAAUCGUUUGGAGGAUGAAAGUGGUCAGGAUGGGAACUUGGAGGGAUAUUUACCACAAGGAGCCUGGCAAAGGCUUGCAAAGAGAUCUGAGUACUGCUUCAAAACAGCCCCCUCAUUCCACUACAUGUUGGGCUCAUUUUUGGCAGAGCCUCCUCCGCCACGGCAGAGAGUUGAAAGACAAAGGAAAGUCCCCAGCAAAGAGGCUAAACGAAUAAUGCCCACCCAGCUGAAGAAAAUGGAAGAAUCUCACCAGGAGGCAACCGAGAAAGAGGUUGAAAGAAUUCUGGGAUGUCUGCAAAGUUACUUUGCUGAUGACUCUGAGGAACCCAUUUCAUAUUACGAGUUCGUCAUUGACCCCAACUCCUUCUCCCGGACUGUGGAGAACAUCUUCCACACAUCUUUUCUCAUAAGGGAUGGUCUGGUGAGAAUGUACAUGGAUUCAGAUGGGCUUCCUUGUAUAGCUCCAGUAGAGGAAGGUGAGAUGGAGCCCGGUGGAGCUGUCGUCCGACAUCAGUGUGUCAUCUCCAUCAACCAGGAAAGCUGGAGGGAAAUCAUCGAUGCCUUUGAUAUCAAGGAAGCUUUGAUCCCCGCCUCAGAAGUUUCGUCUCAGUAAAGCUUGAAGAUAGUUAGCGACAGCUGGCAAUAUGCUUAUAAAAUAACAUUUUGUUCUUUUUAUAUUUUUUAAUAUUUGUGAUCUCAGUUUUAAGAGUUGUGUCUUUGAAUUCUGUAUAGAAGUUUAAUAAUUGUCUAUUACAAUAAAUGUGAAGUGAAGUUAACAUUA